AUGAAUGAAGAUACAGAGUGGAAUGAUUUGCUGCGUGCACACGGUAUUCUCCCUCCUCUACCCAAGAAAACAGAGUCAGACAACGAUGAAAAAAAUGAUACAGCAAGUGAUGCUGUAGAAGCAUCUCCAGGCUCUGAAUGGGAAGAUUUGGAGGAUGAUCAGGUUGUACAGGCGUAUAUGCAACGACGACGGGAAGAAAUAAAGGCAUAUGCUGAGCGGGCAAAAUAUGGCGAAAUAUUACCCAUUCAACGUGCAGAAUGGGCUACAGAGGUUAAUGAGGCUAGUAAGACGGCUUCUGUGAUUGUUUUCUUGUAUAAAGAUGCAAUUUUAGCAAGUCGACAGUUAUCGAUGAUACUUGUGCAGCUAGCAAACGAGCACCCAUAUAUAAAGAUAGUAAAAAUACAAGGAGAUCAAGCAAUUGAGGGUUAUCCAGACAAGAAUUUACCAACAUUACUGGCUUAUUACAAAGGAGAACUUGUAGGACAAAAAAUAAGUGUUUCAGUGAAUGUUAAGAUAGAAGAAAUCGAAGAAUGGCUUAUAAAAAUGAGUGUAGUUGAAUAUAAAGAGGUAAAUAGACAUAGACGCCUGAGAAUAUGUAGAACAGAACCAAGAGAUGAUAUAGAUGAAUUGGAAGAAGUAUAG